CUGCCUUCCAUGGGGAGAGGGAAGUGAACUGGAAUAAUUAUUCAUUUCCACCCGGAGACUGAACAGAAAUCAAGGACUUCUGUUGUUAAUUGAGGCCAUGAUGGCUCUGAAGAGCUCCCAUGUGGUAUUUGUCCUGCUGGGGUUGUUCCUAGUGGGGCUGGCCCAGCUAACAGCUGGCAAAGAGUCUCCUGCAAAGAAGUUUCAGCGGCAGCACAUGGAUCCCGGGAGCUCAACCUCCAAUGACACCAACUACUGCAACCGCAUGAUGAAAAGCCGGAAUAUGACAAAAGGGAGAUGCAAGCCUGUCAAUACGUUCAUACACGAGCCUAAGGAAGUAGUCGACGCUGUCUGCAAGGAGGCCAACGUCACCUGCAAGAAUGGUCAGCCCAACUGUUACCAGAGUAGUUUGCCUAUGACUCUCACCCACUGCCGCCAGACAGGGGCCUCCAAAUACCCCAAUUGCCAGUAUCGGGCUUCCUAUCUUACCAACCGUAUCAUUGUGGCCUGUGAGGGGAAAGUCUAUGUGCCUGUGCACUUUGAUGCUUAUGUGUAGAAUGGGGUCUAAUUUGGAGAAAAGGAAAUCCCUCCAUGGCACUAUAUUCCACCUUAUUGCCCUCACUACUUCUUCUCUGACAAAGUGCCUGAAAUAGCACCUUCCCCUUUCAGAAUUCCUUUGCACUUCCUACCACUGAUGCAUACCUUUCCUCAAGCCUUUAGUCUCUGGGACCAGACUGUGAAUGGGAAUUACUCCAAGCAUGUAAGCUCUACUUUGGGGAUAUGUUUUCUGUGUCUGUCUUCAGGGGAAAGUAUAAUGAAAGUACCAGAUGUUAUAUCCCUUUACUGCUAUUCUCAAUAAAACAUACCUGGUCCCAGGUGAGGUUGCUAAAGUUG